CCUUCGACCAUUUCCAUCCCCACAUCCUCAACCGCACUGCACGCAUUGCACGGGAGCUGAGAAGAAGAGAACAAUUUGCAAGUAGCGGCACUCAGAGAAGAACCAAUCACCUAGGCAAGCUCGAGAUGGCUCGCUGGGCCAUUGCCAUCCACGGCGGCGCUGGCGUGGACCCGAACCUGCCGGAGCACCGCCAGGAGGAGGCGAAGCGCGUGCUGGCGCGGUGCCUGCAGGUCGGCGUGGACGCGCUCCGCGCCGGCUCCCCCGCACUCGACGUGGUCGAGGCCGUGGUGCGCGAGCUCGAGACCGACCCCUUCUUCAACUCGGGCCGCGGCUCCGCGCUCACCCGCCGCGGCACCGUCGAGAUGGAGGCCAGCAUCAUGGACGGCCGCGGCCGCCGGUGCGGCGCCGUCUCCGGCGUCUCCACCGUCAAGAACCCUGUCUCUCUGGCGCGCCUCGUCAUGGACAAGUCCCCGCACUCGUACCUCGCCUUCGACGGCGCCGAGGAGUUCGCCCGUGAGCAGGGCCUUGAGACUGUGGACAAUAGCUACUUCAUCACCGAGGACAACGUCGGCAUGCUCAAGCUCGCCAAGGAGGCCAACAGCAUCCUGUUUGAUUACCGGAUUCCGUUGACGGGGACGGACACCUGCAGCGCGCUGGCGGGCGCGGAGAACCACAACGGCAUGGUGAUGAACGGGCUGCCCAUCAGCAUCUACGCGCCGGAGACGGUGGGCUGCGCGGUGGUGGACUCCAACGGCUUCUGCGCCGCGGCUACCUCCACGGGCGGGCUGAUGAACAAGAUGACGGGCCGCAUCGGCGACUCGCCGCUGAUCGGGUCGGGCACGUACGCGUGCGACGUGUGCGCGGUGUCGUGCACGGGCGAGGGCGAGGCCAUCAUCCGGUCCACGCUGGCGCGGGACGUGGCGGCCGUGAUGGAGUACAAGGGCCUCGCCCUGCAGGAGGCCGUGGACUACUGCGUCAAGGAGCGCCUGGACGAGGGGUUCGCGGGCCUCAUCGCCGUGUCCAAGGGCGGCGAGGUGGCGUACGGGUUCAACUGCACCGGCAUGUUCAGGGGAUGUGCCACCGAGGACGGGUUCAUGGAGGUCGGCAUCUGGGAGUGAGCGGAGCUAAGUGCGUGUGGCGCCUGUGGCCAUCCUGCGAUGGCCAUGUGGUUGAUUUCUUCUUAGUCAGGGCCAUGGGUGUUGGUGGGUUAGUAGUUGUUCACUAAUAAGGAUGAUGAUUGUGAUGGUAAUGCCCUGGGAAAUAAUAUUGUGAAAAGUUAUAUGGCUUCUGAAACUAA